AUGCAUUGGUCAAAGGCACAAACAAAGGGUGAUAUCACCUUUGAAGGUAUUAGAUCACAUACUGCCACAGUUGUAGGAAGUAAGAUCUAUGUUUUUGGUGGAUCUGAUAUUCAAGAUAGGUUUAAUGAUUUAUUAAUUUUAGAUACAAAAACUAUGUUUUGGCAUAAACCAAAAACAAGCGGAGCAGAGGGUUGUAUACCAAACCCACAUCGUGCACAUUCAGCAACAUUAGUAGAUCACAGAUUAUUUAUAUUUGGUGGUGGUGAUGGGCCAAAUUAUUUUAAAGAUCUUUAUAUCCUAGAUACAAAUACAUUAACAUGGACAAAACCAUCAACACUAGGAAAUGGACCUGGACCUAGAAGAGCACAUACAGCAAACUUAAUUGGUAAAUUAAUUUAUAUAUUUGGUGGUGGUGAUGGAAAUAAAGCAUUAAACGAAGUCUAUGUUUUAGAUACAGAAACUUUAACAUGGACAUUUAUUAAAGCAACAGGUGCUAUACCAGGUAGUAGAGGUUAUCAUUCAAGCGUUUUGUUAUCAGGAAAUAAAAUUGGAAUUUUUGGAGGUUCAGAUGGUAAUGAUUGUUUUUCAGACUUUUAUGUUUUUGAUACCAAUAACAAUUCAUGGAGUUUAUUCCCAGUUUCAAAUCCAUCACCUUUAUUAUCACAAUCAUGCGUUUCAAUUGGAAAAACUAUUGUUGUUUUUGGAGGUCAUAACGCCAAUGACUAUAUAAAUACAUUAAAAUUUUUCAAUCUCGAUAAAUUCCAAUGGGAGGAACAACAAUGUACAGGUUCACCACCACAAAGCAGAGGAUAUCACUGUUGUUGUUUUGUUGAUCACAGAUUAUUUGUAAUUGGUGGUUAUGAUGGCUCACAAUGUUUUUCUGAUGUUCAAAUACUCGAUUUAGGUGUUAUGUCCUAUUUAGAACUCCAAAAUUAA